UUCAGUCGUUGAUUUAGUUGUCAUCACGUAUUUCAGGAAACAUUUGGAUGAAUUAAUGUGAGUUUCAGUCGUGGUCGUAAAGGCAACGUUAGCUAUAUUUCAUGGCGGAUUUCAGAACACAGUUGUGUAUUUAGGUGAAUUAAUGUGAGUUUCAGUCAAUUUUCUUGAAAACGAGUCCUGUCGUUAGCUAAAAAUGUGUAAUAAAGGGCGGUAAUAAUUGAUAGUUAGCUGGCUAACUAGUUAACGUUAUAUAUUUAGCCAAUGUAGUUAACGUGCAGUGUUAACUUAGUGUACUACAAUGCAUACUUGCCAGCUAGCCAACGUUAUAUGUAGAAUAAAAUGGACAUUUAACGCUGUAUGGGCCAGCUAGCUAACGUUAUAUGUAGAAUGAAAUGGACAUUUAACGCUGUAUGGGCCAGCUAGCUAACGUUAUAUGUAGAAUGAAAUGGACAUUUAACGCUGUAUGGGCCAGCUAGCUAACGUUAUAUGUAGAAUGAAAUGGACAUUUAACGCUGUAUGGGCCAGCUGGCUAACUUUAUAUGUAGAAUGAAAUGGUCAUUUAACGCUGUAUGGGCUCUACUGUAAGCAGGGUAACUAUGUGGUCCACUGUGUAUUGCUGUCAACAAAUAACAACAUGUGUGUAUGUGUGUGAAUAACCUCUCUUAAUGAAAGGAAGAAUGGAUUACGUUCACACCCCUGCUUUCCGCUUGGAGCCCUCUGGUGCCCUCACCCUGAGGGCAUCUGAAGAGGCUGCCAGGGUUGCCAGGACCAUCCAGGAGGAAGAGUGUACAGGUGUAGUCCGGGUGCUGAAGCCACGACAAGUGAAGGAGAAGGCAAAGGCUUGUGUGGUAGCCAGAGGGGGUGACCCGGAUGAUAGCCGACUGGUGGACAGUGAGAGUGCCAUCCAGUUCGGCAAAUACCGGGGUCAAACCUUCAAGUGGCUGCUAAGCCACGAUGUCGGCUAUGCCGUCAUGGUCUUGGCUUCUCACCAGCAAGAGAGGGAGAUGGGGGACACAAACACGUCUUCUGAAAUGGCCAACAAGGACCGGUUUGACUGGUAUACCAACCUGUUUCCUGAGGUCCAGAAGGCAGUGGAGGAACGCAGGGUACGGGACGGGACCUUGCCCCCCCGACCUGACCAGGAGGACACAGCAACAGCUGUAGCGCCUCCUAAUCCAUCUGCCGAGCCAUCAGAUCAGGAGUUGCUGUCUAUCUGCGUGGGUUUUGACCAAGGUACUCUAUGUUAUGGCACGUUAUUGUUUAUUUCUGUUGAGAAGAAUAUACAUAUGAAAUGACUUUUCCCCUAAUAACUAUCUGUUGUUGUUAGCAUUAACAGGAUACACUUUAAAGUGGUAAGGUAAGUGGUCAAAUUGUUAAAACACCUCCUAGCUGGGCUUAGAAUUCACUAGAAUUUCUCAUUUUUGCAUCCAUUUUGCUUGCCAUAGAAAAAUCCUUCCUCAUCUUUUUGUGGAAUGAAUUGUUUACUGUAGCUUGUCUUGUCACCAUUCCAACCUGUAUUUCAGUCUGCAUCACUUUGAUUGGCCUAUUCUUUGCUUGUACAUGUCUACCCACUAUACAUCUGUCGUUUGUAGCUUUUAAAUGUAGAUUGUGUUUAACCUAGAUUCCUAACCUCUACCACUGAUAACACUGAUCAAAACUAAACCAAAGUGCAUUGGCUGUCAACAGGCUGUUAACAUGUUUUGAAGCUGAAGCUCUAUUCUAAAUGAAUUAUUUCACUUAUUUCUCUGAAAUAUUUUGUGAGACUAACUCCUGUGCUCCUGUAGCAGUUCCUACUGCUCCCACUGCCACCGCAUCCCCUGCUGUGCUAGCUCCUACUGCUCCCACUCCCACUGCGCCCCCUGCUGUGCUAGCACCUACUGCCCCUCCUCAGCUCUGGUCAGCCUCCCAGCCAACAGCUGGACCACUACAGCCUGCUGCUGACGCUCAGGUGCUUCUCCCUGAGGGAUGGAAGCAGACCCUCCCAAAGGAGCAGCAAGAGUGGGUCAGUCAGGCCAUUUUCAUCAGGAACAAGCAGCUCAAAUGUGUCCUGAAAAGCCAGCUUGAGCUGUGGUACUUCCCUCCUCUGCCUCCUAACAUCAGCCAUCAGCCUCCAGCUUCUCCCUCCGCCUACUUCCUCCGGCCAUUCUGCCUCUGGAUGCCCUACCGCCUGUGGGCCUUUAAGUUUGUGUGCACCCAGCCACGGUGCAAGCGUCAAAAGCUCACAGGCUGUGGGGUGUACAAGACAGUCCGGAGGGUGCUUGACAUGGACGGCUGGUAUUAUAUGGGGACAGAGUACCUGGAGUGCCGCCUCUGUAAGAAGAAGCUAGCAGGAUGGUCGCUGGAUAUCUUGGACCAGCUGGACGCAAGUCAUCGCUCCAUUUUCCCAGCCAUCUUGACUUACAGGCUGUCCUGUGACCUGAAGGUGGUCAGGCUGAUGAGAGAGAGGACACUGGGGAACAGUGCGACCAGGCUGUACAACCAGCUGAGGGAGCAGCACAGCCUGACCUGGAUGAGUCGGACCCUGUACUACCUGUCCGUCUGUGACCACUUUGUAGUCCCAGGUGCCGCACCACUGAGGGUAACACCUCCUCCUCCCUUUUUGGAUGUUCCCUCAGCCCAGUGGCUCCUGACUGUCCACGGCUACGACGUUCUGUUCCAGCUGGAGGACUUCAAGGCCAGAGUCACCUCCAUCUUUGGGUCCAUCCUGAAGAUGGAUUCAACCAAGAAGGUGACCAAGAAACUAGCUGGGGCAGCACACGGGACAGCAGCGUGGGCCACAAAUGUGGGCAAUGAGUACGGCCAGGUGCUCAUUACGGUCCUCACUGACAGCGAAGGAGAGGGCCUGCUCGACAUGGCAGCUGGCCUCCAGCAGCGCUACAGUAGAGCUGGAGUGGCACCUCCCAAGCUGCUCUAUGUCACCCGGGACUGCUGCGCCCUGAUGGGAAAGGGGAAGACGGCAGCCAUUUUCAGCCAGUGGGAUGAACUCAUCGUCCGGCUGGAUGUGUGGCACCUCAUCCGUCGCUUUGCUGGGGGAGUGACAACAGAGAGCCAUCCUCUGUAUGCUCUCUUUUUGCGGCGGCUCUCCUCCUGCAUGUUGGUGUGGUGUGCAGAGGAUGUGGAGCGCCUGCUGGAGGCCAAGCGAGGUGAGCUCAAGGAGAGCCACAUCACGGGGCUCAGUGACGCACAGGUGAUGAAGAGGAUCAGCCUGAAGGAGAUGGCUCGGCACUGUCGUCGCCGCACGCGCGGGGCGGAGGAGACCGAGCGUCUCAUCGGGGAGCUCCUGGAGACCUUCAUCGAUGCCACAGACACCCUGGGCGUCCGGCUCCUGGACCGUGACCGAAUGCAGGCCAUCUGGCAGACCCAGAGACGACACCUGGUCUGUAUUCAGGACCCCCCUGGUGUCAGCAUCUACACCAAGGGCAAGGACGUGACCAAGGGAGGGGUCAUCCUGCCAGUGUUGCGUUGCGCCCGUGAGUAUGGCACCCCAUUCCCUACACUACUUUUGACCAGACCCCUUAGUAGGGGUCCAAUGCUAAUCUUCCCUAUGGAAAUUCCUAGGUUCCGGUUCACACCCUCGCAGGAGAUGGUCCUCAGGGCCACACCCCAGGCAGUUAAAGUGGCCGCUGAUGGCCCCCCUGCCUCGGGUGCUCAGGGCCCUCCUGUGAGGGCUAAGAAGUGGGAGGAAGUGGAGGCAGAGGCUCGAGCCCGCGUCGUCUCCGAGGGAGGUGACCCCGGUGCAGAGAUGGUCAUCCUGAGCCGGUGCACGGUUCAGUUCGGCAAGUACCGGGGUCAGACCUUCAAGUGGAUGAUGGAGAACGACGUGGGCUACAUGGUGCACCUGGUAACGGUGCAUCAGAAGGAGAGAGAGCGAGAGUGCAGCGUUUCCCAGCAUCCCCUGAUGGGCCAACAAGGACGCCUUGACUCGCUACUUGUGCGCCUAUCCGGCCUUCGCUGA